GAGCGGCGCGGGGCGGAGGUAAUGGGGGGGCGGCCGCUGGCGGGCUCCUUCUGUUGCUGCCGCCGCCGCCGCUGCUGCUGCUGCUGCCGUCCGUCAGAGCACGGCGUCUGGGCGGGGGGCGGCUCCUCUGUCCUCGGGGGGCUCCUUCCUGCACGGGGGGCGCAGCAGCCUGGGCGCGGCUGAAGUUUUUUGUGUGAAGCGGCGGUUAAGCGGUGGGGUAGGCGAGGUCUGGAGCCUUCCGUGCGCAGUCUGACAGCAGGUGUGGGAGGGUGCCUAGCCCCAAGUGGGGUGAGAGAAUAAGAUCAAGCGAGAUUUAAAUGGACUUCUGAAGUAAAAAAGGAGGAAGAAUGGAGACAGAGACUGUGUUAAGUCUUAGACAACAACUCAAGGAAGCAGAGAACGAGCGAAGGAAGGCAGCACAAUAUGGCUUACAUUUAUUGGAGUCUCAAAGUGAAGUUCAAAAUCAGUUGGAUCAAACACGUCGUGAAUUGACGGAGAAAACCGAGAAAUUUGAACAAGAGAAAUACUCUCUUCAGAGAGAAAUUGAACUUAAAAAUAGAAUGUUGGAAAGCUUGAGCUUUGAAUGUGAUGCCCUUAAGCAACAGCAGAAUAUGCAACUGGAAAAACAGAAAGAACAACUUGCCAGAGUUCAUGGACAAGAAAUCAGUGACCUUAAAAACAAGUUGGAGAACCUGAAAGCAGAACUAGAUGAAACCCGACUCUCAGAAAAACAAUUGAGACACAAAGUGGAUCAUCAGAAAGAAAUAAUUGCUGCUAAAUCAGAAGAGCUACACAUGAUGUCUGAACGUGUACAUGAAACCAUGUCUUCAGAAAUGCUCAAUCUUCAGAUGGAGCUCACUGAACUAGAAAGUGUGAAGGCCAAUGUUGAAGAAAAGCUGAAUGAACUGCAGUACAGUAAAGAACAAUUAGAACUCAUAAACAGCAACUUACGUAAUCAGCUGGAGCGUCUACAGGGAGAGAAAGAAGAGAGGGAAAAAGAAGUUGUUUCUUACUGUAACGCAUUAGAGAAAGCUCGUGAAGCUAAUCAAGAGCUUCAGGUUCAGCUGGAUCAUGCAGUGCAGCAAUCUUUGGACCCUACAAGUAAAGGCAAUUCUCUCUUCGCUGAGGUGGAGGACCGUAGGGCAGAAAUGGAACGACAGCUGAUCAGUGUGAAAAUAAAAUAUCAGUCACUACAAAAACAGCACGCAUUCACUAGAGAACAGUUGCAAAGAAUGAAGCUGCAAAUGGCUACACUGUUACAGAUGAAAGGCUCUCAGGCAGAAUUUGAGCAGCUCGAGCGCUUACAGUCAAUGUUGGAGCAAAAGAAUGGUGAAAUAGAAGAUCUUCUUAUGAAAGUGAGACAAUUAGAAAAAUUUAAGACUUUAUAUGAGAACGUGGAAGAAUGCAGAGCUAGUACUAGCUCAAAAGGAGAGUCUGAAGAUGGUUACUAUGCAGAUUUGCUGCAAAUGAAACUCGACAACUCAAACAAGGAAACUGAAACCUUGAAAAAUGAACUAUCCUUGCAGAGGAUGAAAGCUUUGUAUGAGAGCCAAAGGGUUCUGGAAGUUGAAAGGAAGCUCUUCACAAAUGAGAGGCAUUUGCAAGCUUGUCAGAGUGAGAAUAUGAAUUUGCGAGUUAUGCUGGAUGAGUUAAAAAUGAAAUAUGAACCUGAAGAGUUACUUAAAGUCACUAAAAUUAAAAAGAAGAGGGAGAAGAUUCCAGUGGACGCUACCUGUGAAUAUCUGGACAGCAAAAAUACUUCAGUAAAAGAAGCUGCUCUCACUCAUUUGCCAAGUAAGGAAGAAACUAAGGUCACUUGCAAGAACUUGGAGCAAAGUGACUCUUCUCCCAAAAAACAAGUUCUUGAAACACCACCAAUAAAUGUAGCUCUUCAAAUGAUGCACAAAGUAGUUGAACCUGACAGAGAAAGAAAGAAAGUUAAAACUAAAGAUGAGAGUCAUGACAACUAUACUUCACACAGCAGAAGUGGAAAUAAUUCUUUGACUUCGACUGCCCCCAGGUUAACAACUGAAUCCAGAUUUGAAACCACGGAAAAUGAAGAUAAGAAGGAAAAUAUAAUCACGACUGAGAAGAAAACACAAAAGAAAAAAUAUACUACAUUGUAUGUGUCUUCUAAACCAACUCCUGAAACACAAUGUGCUCAGCAGUAAAACUAGUUUUCUGGAAGGAAGCUGGAUAGUUUGGAGUCCUGCUUCAGCAGGAGAUGCUGAGUAAACUUAAGUUGCACGUAAAUACACAGGUUCCUAAUAUAAAUAUUGAUCUGCCUUGUUUUCUGAACAGUAUAACUACAUUAAUGAAAGCUGCACUUUUGAUGUCUUUAACUUCCCAGAGAGCACCUGUUAAGUACCCUGGCAAUGGGACCUGAAGUAUUGCCUUGUCUUGAAUCUUAGCUAAGGCUCUACAUGCUUGUUAGUCAUCACUUGUUGGAAGUAUAGUGCUAUUCUGAAUGAUAAGUACUUGGUAUGGAAACUUUAUUAUGCAAUAAUAAAACAGGGGUUAAUCCUGAGCAAGACUGGCUAGACAAUGUUGACGCAGAAGGAAACUAAGUCAUGAGCCAUUGCUCCUGAAGUUCUUUCAAUUCCUGGAUUCAGAAUUCAUAAUGAUUUUUCCCCUAAUAUGUAAUUGUUCAGCUUUCAGGCUGACCUGAUUGUCAAGAUGUAUGUUCAAUUUAUUGUGCAUUUUGUGGUUUGGUAUACGUUUGAAACUUUUAAAUCUUAUAUUUGUAUGAAUAAAUAAAAUAAACUUUGCUUUUUAUUCCUUCUUAAAAUUAGUCUGUUGCAUUUGAGACACAACAUUUUUCUAAAACUGCCGGUUUUUGAUUGACAUAUUUUGUUGGAAGUAUUUUGUUUAAAAAGUACAACUCAAUAAAAGCUAAGACAUUGUAAUGC